AUCCCCUCCCCUGUCUGUCCAAAUCUCUGCCCGUUGAAGGAGUCACCGCGGCCCGACCCCGACUGGUCCAGCCUGCCGGCGGAUCUCCUUGCCAACGUUCUCGGUGAGCUAGAGUUCCCGGAUCUCUUUCAGUCCGCCGUUGUCUGCACCACCUGGUGCGCCGCCGCCCGCGCCAUCCGCCGCCUCGGCGUCUACAAGCGGUCCCAAACCCCCUGCCUCCUCUACACCACCGCCGAGCUCUUCAGCCUCGCCGACAAAAAUACUUACAAGAUGCGUCUCCCGGACCCUCCCAUCGGGGAGCGCAACAUCGUCGGUUCGUCGCACGGGUGGCUCGUCACCGCCGACGGCCGCUCCGAGCUCCUCCUCCUCAACCCCGUCACGGGCGAGCAGGUCGCGUUGCCGCCCGUGGCUACCGUCGAGCAGGUAAACCCCGUCUUUAAUCAGGCCGGGGAACUCGAAAGGUAUGACCUUUAUUUCUACGACUCUACUCCUAUAAGGGAAACUGAGGAGCCGCAUGACCAUGCUGUGGACGAGCUCCGGGAUGCUCUGUAUCUCAAGGUCGUGUUAUCCUGCGAUCCUUCGCAGGGGGAUUGCAUCGCUAUGAUGAUUCACAAUCCCUAUAGGCAGCUCUCGUUUGCGAGGGUGGGCGACAAUAAGUGGCAUUGGGUCACCUCCUCGGUCCAAUCUUCAGAGUACUCUGAUUGCAUAUUUCACGAAGGGGCAUUCUACGCGAUGAGUUUGCUUGGAGGGAUCCAUCGCUACACGAUUGAAGGUUCUUGCGCCACCCUUGAUGUAAUUUUCAAAGACACGUCACCAUUCAUCGCACAUAACACUUACAUUUCCCGGACCUCGUCUGGCGAGGUGUUGCAAAUAUGGAGGUUGACGAGUUGCUCACGUGGUGAGCUUCAUGAUCUGGAAACAACUGGUAUUGAAAUAUACAAAGUCGAUUUUGACAAGCAAGAAAUCGUCGAUAUGCAUACCUUGGGGGAUGAUGCAUUGUUCAUGGGGCAUAACUAUACAUGUUGUAUUUCGACAAAGGAUUACCCAAUGCUGCUGCCAAACCAUGUAUAUUUUACUGAUGAUGAGGAGUAUUGGCUAUAUGAUGGGAAGGAUAAGCGCCGGGAUGUUGGAAUAUAUUGUUUGGAGGAUAAACAUGCCAAUGAUGUAGUCUCUCCUCAACACUGGUUAAAUUGGCCAAUUCCCGUAUGGAUCACUCCAUGUUUUACUAAGAUCCACAGAUAGGUAUGGAAUUUCCCUGUCAUACUUAUCUUUGCUUGGUUUGUUCAUAUGUAAACCGAUCCUGUAUGAUUGCUUGCUUAUCUUUGUUGCUGAAGAAAUAUUUCUGAGUAUUCAGUCCACAUUCGUCCAACACUUCAUACUAUUUAAAAGAUAUGAUUUACAA